AAAAUCAAAACCCUCACUCGUAAACCCUAACAUUUCUGUUGGGUUCAGCUAUAAGUUCCUCUAUAAGUUUGCAUCCUCUAUAAAAAAUCAAAACCCUCACUCGUAAACCCUUUACUUUGUCGCCGUUUGCAUCCUCUGCUAUUGAAGAUGGCUCCUCCCAGAGGUCGUGGUGGGUUCAGAGGUGGCAGGGGUGACAGAGGUAGAGGAAGGGGUGGUGGAGGAAGAGGAGGAGGAGACAGGGGUACACCAUUCAAGGCUAGGGGUGGUGGUAGAGGUGGAGGCAGGGGUGGUGGACGUGGAGGAGGUAGGGGUGGUGGAAUGAAAGGUGGGAGCAAAGUUGUUGUUCAACCCCACAGACAUGAUGGUAUUUUUAUUGCUAAGGGUAAAGAAGAUGCCCUUGUUACCAAGAAUCUUGUUCCUGGUGAAGCUGUUUAUAAUGAGAAAAGGAUUACUGUUCAGAAGGAGGAUGGUUCAAAGGAUGAGUACAGAGUUUGGAACCCUUUCCGCUCUAAGUUGGCUGCUGCUAUUCUUGGUGGAGUUGACAACAUAUGGAUUAAACCUGGAGCCCGAGUCCUUUACCUAGGUGCUGCUUCUGGGACUACUGUUUCUCAUGUGUCGGAUGUUGUUGGCCCAACAGGAGUUGUCUAUGCAGUGGAAUUUUCUCACAGAAGUGGGCGUGACUUGGUCAAUAUGGCUAAGAAACGCACUAAUGUUAUACCUAUUAUUGAAGAUGCUAGACAUCCAGCUAAGUACAGGAUGUUGGUUGGUAUGGUUGAUGUCAUAUUUUCUGAUGUUGCCCAGCCUGAUCAGGCAAGAAUUUUGGGACUGAAUGCUUCUUAUUAUCUCAAAGCCGGAGGUCAUUUUGUUAUUUCAAUCAAGGCCAAUUGCAUAGACUCGACAGUCCCUGCUGAGGCAGUGUUUGAAAGUGAAGUGAACAAGUUGAAGGCAGAUCAAUUCAAACCAUUCGAGCAAGUCACCCUUGAACCAUUUGAGAGGGACCAUGCUUGUGUGGUUGGUGGAUACAGAGUGCCCAAGAAGAAAAAAGAUGCCGCUUAGUAGUUCAUUGCCCUUUCAGUACCAAUGUUCAUUUUUGGGGGUUUUGGCCACUUCAGAUUUCUGAUAAUGUUGUAUUAAAAUUUAAAACCGCUUCUCAGACAUAGUUCUAUUAUAUGGUAGUAUCUGCUACGCAGAAGCUUUUGACCAAGAA